AUGGCAUCCGAGUUGCACUUGUCGUCCAAGGCCAAAGACAGAAGCGCGGUCUGCCUGGACAUGGGUGCCAACAACACCGUGGUGGUCGAGGCCUGCAAGUGCUUGGGCGGCAACAACUCUUGCGAUCUGGCAAGCCAGUGGUUCAAGCUGGCCGACACCAAUAGACUCUGGGAAAGCAAGCUCCAAGUUGGCCGCUGUUACUCGUUAGUGACCAAACUGAAUAGAGCAUCCUCGUUCAAGAUAAGAACGACACCCGAGUUUGCUAUUCUUGAAGACUUUUUGGCUCGACUCUAUUUAGUAUUAUACGGGAAGGUUCAAAAAGAGCAAAGACCCAUCAUGGGAACGCUUCCGAAGUUGCAUUUCCUUCUCCUAAUUUCGACAGUGCUCUUCUUUUCCAUGCCCCAACUCAAGCCUGUGGUCGCUCAGAAACUUUAUGCCAAUUCCCGGUGGAUUGUCGACGGUGAUGGGAGACGGGUAAAGCUCGCUUGCGUGAACUGGCCGGCGCACCUCCAGCCGCUGCUGGCUGAGGGACUGAGCAAGCUACCGGCCGACACGAUUGCCAGGAAGAUUAGAGAAAUGGGGUUCAAUUGCGUGAGGCUCACAUGGGCACUCGAGUUGCCUAUAAAUGAGACACUUGCUUCUUUUACAGUGACCCAAUCGUUCCAGAACCUUGGAUUGUUGGAAUCUCUAGCCGGCAUUAAGUCCAACAACCCUUCCCUUAUUAAUCUUCCUGUAAUGGAAGCCUACAAGUCCGUGAUGACAAGCCUUAGAAACAACCAAGUGAUGGUGAUACUCGACAAUCACAUAACCACGCCAGGUUGGUGCUGCAGUGAAAAGGACGGCAACGGCUUUUUCGGUGAUACAUACUUCGACCCACAAGUUUGGAUGCAAGGUUUGCACAAGAUGGCGACCAUGGCUACCGGCUUUAGCAAUGUGAUUGGCAUGAGCUUGAGGAACGAGCUUCGCGGUCCCAGACAAAAUGUCGAUGCUUGGUAUAAGUAUAUGCAACAAGGUGCGGAAACCGUGCACGCGGCAAACCCUGAUGUCCUCGUCAUCCUUUCCGGCUUCAAUUUCGACACAGACCUUUCGUUUCUCCAGCACAGACCGGUCAACCUCUCUUUCUCGAAGAAACUGGUGUUCGAGAUGCACUGGUACGGGUUCACCGAGAAGAAGGCGUGGCAAUCCGGAAACCCGAACGAUGUGUGCAAAGCAGUGUCGAACAAGGUAAUGAACCAGUCCGUAUUCCUGCUGGGACAAGGGUAUCCUCUGUUCGUGAGCGAGUUCGGUGCCGAUGAACGAGGAACCAAUGUGAACGAUAAUAGGUACAUGAAUUGCUUCAUGGCCAUGGCCGCUGAAUUUGACUGGGACUUUGCAUUGUGGACCCUUCAAGGGAGUUACUACUUGAGGGAAGGAGUGGUAGGGGUGGAGGAGUUCUACGGAUUGUUCAACAACGAUUGGUCAGGCAUUCGAAACUCGAGCUACUUACGUAGGUUAUCGGUCCUUCAAUUACCUUUCCAAGGGCCAGGAGGGCGACAAACAGUCGCUCAGAAGGUCAUAUUCCACCCCUUGACUGGCCUCUGCAUAUUGAGGAGAACACGGCCGACGCGGCUCGUUUUGGGUCCGUGCAUAUACUCGGAGCCGUGGAGUCACACGCCACAGAACGCGCUGGGGCUCAUGGCGGGGAAGCCUCUGUACUUGCGAGCCGUCGGGCUAGGGAGGCCAGCCACGCUGGGCACGAGCCCAACAGAACCUGGCACGAAGUGGGAGAUGAUAUCGGCCUCCGAGAUGCACCUGUCGUCCAUGGCCGAAGAUGGGAGCACCGUUUGCUUGGACGUGAUUGCUAACAACACCGUGAUGGUCGAGGCCUGCAAUUGCUUGAGCAGUGAAAGCUCUUGCGAUCCGGCGAGCCAGUGGUUCAGGCUGGUCGACAGAACCCGGCUCUGAAAAUAACAAUUUCCAAAUUUGGUUAAUUCUACUGUGCAAGAGGAAUUAAAUGUUGUUUGGUAUUCUUUUUGACAGAAAAGGAGGAGGAAGGAGGAAAGAGAACUUUGAAGAAUUUCAUUGUC